UCGAGCUCCGCGGGACUCUGCAGACACGCGGGCAACAAGCGCUCUCCUCUCUCUCUCACACACACACACACACACACACGAGCGCGUGGACCAGAGACGCUGUGAUGAUGGCCGAGACGGAAACAGAAAAAAGCACGCGAGAGGAAGAGCUGAAUGUUUGCCUCUUAUUCUUACAUUUUGUUGUGUGAAAUACUUUUGUCUUCUGUAUGGGCUGCGACAUCAGUAAAACGAGUGAGAGAGAAGGACCACCUGCUCAGCGUCGACUCAGUCAUGGGUUCCUCUCAAACAUGAGGGUCUCCAUCAAUCACAGACUCGCACACUCGGCUGUGUUUUCUCGGCCCGUGGGACCGGACGGCAGGCCGCCCGUCCCCAAACUCCUCCUGCCUCCGGAGGACGCAAAGACGACUCCUCCAGCUUUCAUCUCUGCCUUUCUGCCGGAGUUCCCACAGCGUAAACUUCCUGGACGAGACCAUUUCCAGAUCCUGGGCUUCAUAGCCAAAGGCUCAUAUGGACCCAUCUUGAAAGUGAAGGACAUUUUCAAAGAGAAGACCUACGCUGUUAAGGUUCUACCAAAGUCAGAUAUCUUGAAGCAUGGAACGCUGGAGCAGUCAAAAGAAGAAGUCAUCAUUCAGCGGCAGCUCAAACACCCAUUCAUCCACAAUCUGCAGGACUGCUGGCAGACGCAGCACCAUCUCUUCAUUAUGUGCGACUACUGCAGCACCGGAGACUUGUACACUUACUGGUUACUGAAGGGCCAGUUUGGGGAGGAUGAGGUCCGGCUCUUUGCUGCAGAGCUGGGCAGUGCGCUGGGAUUUCUUCAUGACUUGGGCAUCGUGCAUAGAGAUAUAAAGAUGGAGAACAUUCUUUUAAGUGAUCAAGGUCACCUCCGCCUGUCUGAUUUUGGACUUUCCCGGCGGCUGAAACGAGGAGGAAGAGCGUUUACGAUAUGUGGGACGAUCCAAUACAUGGCUCCUGAAGUUUUAAGUGGGGGUCCGUACAACCACGCUGCUGACUGGUGGUCUUUUGGCAUUAUGUUGUUCUCACUGGUGACGGGAGAGUUUCCGUUACCAGCAGAGCCGGACCACAGCACUAUGUUGAACAAGGUCACAGACUUCCCUUAUGUCCUACCUGAGACCGUCCGCUCUUCUCUGAUCUUACUGCUCUCUGAGCUUUUGUGCAAGAAUCCAGUGAACCGGCUUCGUAACCUGGAGUGUUUCAAGAUGCAGGCUUUCUUUCGGGGCACUUCAUUUGAUUCUCUCAUCCUCCAAAAGAUGCCUGUUGACGUCAUCCUGGAACUCAGGACUCAACCUGAUUGGGAAGCCAAAGCAAUGAGAGGCCUUUCAUUGGACUACUUUGACAGCUUUGACUGCGAUAAAAUCCUUUAUUCUCCUACAACUCCCGCUGAACUGUCUCCUACAUUGACCAACAUGGACCUGAGCCCGGCUACGGAGCAGAAUUGUAAAGCACAAGACUGAAAUAUGUUUAUGAAGAAGCUGAUUGGAAAUGAGAAAUAUUUCUCUGCUAGACGUGUCACGUCUUAGACUUGCUUUUAUAUUUUUACUGAUCAUUUUUUAUUGCUGUCAGUAUAUAAGAAGCACAGUUGUGGGAUACCUUUUCAGUUAUUAGCAUUAUUGUUUGUUUAUUUACAGUAUUGUAGUUCUAUGAAAUCAUUUGGAGGUUUAUCCUCAAAAUGUAAACUUUUGUAAGCAACAUUUUGUCCUCCUUGGUACAGUUGAGAUCUAUGAGCCGUAUGCAUCUUUGAUUUCUCUGCUCUCUUGUCAAGGUCAAGGUAUAUGAGUUUCAUUGUACACUUCACACUUCUUCACUGAGUUUAGUUAAAUUUAAUUUCUAUCUUCAUAUAAGCGCGAAUCGUGUUUUACUGUACAAAUCAUCAAAAUCCAACGUAUAUUAUUAUUUCUCUUGUACUGGAACAUUCUUACAACAUUUCCUUACCCUUAUGUUAAAGAACAUUAGUUUGACUGUUGACUGAUAUAGUGUACAUGUAUGUGACCAGUACAUCUAUGUGACUACCUGCUGUCAUGUGACCAAAGUUCCAAACAGUGAGUCGCAUGAGGGCAACUGAGCCAUCAUGACAGGUGGGCAAAACUCCAUCUGCUGAGGAAGAUGCAGUUUUUCAUUGAAACUAUAAAAAUAAAAUAUACAUGUCCUUUGCAGUUGACAAAUCAA